AACUUUCCUACACUUGUGUACAUGCAAAGACCCUUCCCCACCACAACUUGUGGACGCUAUGCUAAGCUUGGCCUCAAUCAUUCACUUGCCUACUAUUGCUCUUUUUUAAACUCUGGAGCUAAAAUAGCACAUUACCCUCUUCCUCUCUCUCUCUCUCUCUCUCUCUCUCUCUUAACAGAAAAAGAAAAUGGUUUUGGUUUCAACACAUGGUGAAAAAGGUGGUGCAAAUGAUGGAGCUGUGGUUGAUUUUCGAGGAAAUCCUGUGGACAAGAAGAAGACUGGAGGAUGGCUUGGUGCAGGGCUUAUCUUAGGAACCGAGCUCUCUGAGAGGAUAUGUGUGAUGGGUAUAUCCAUGAAUUUGGUGACAUAUUUGGUUGGAGAGUUGCAUAUUUCAUCAGCAAAAUCUGCAACCAUUGUCACUAACUUCAUGGGCACUCUCAAUCUUCUUGGCCUCUUUGGUGGUUUCUUAGCAGAUGCUAAACUUGGCCGGUACUAUGCAGUUGCAGCCUUUGGAAUCAUAACAGCUGUGGGGGUGAUAUUAUUAUCAGUGGCCACAAGCAUUCCUAGCAUGAGGCCCCCUCCAUGCGACAGCUACAGACAGCAACAUCAUCAGUGCAUUGAGGUGAGCGGCAGCCAAUUGGCUCUGCUCUAUGCUGCACUCUACACCAUAGCACUGGGCGGUGGAGGAAUAAAAUCCAACGUCUCCGGCUUCGGAUCCGAUCAGUUCGACGCUAAUGACCCCAAGGAAGAAAAGACCAUGAUCUUCUUCUUCAACAGGUUCUAUUUCGCCGUUAGCAUUGGGUCCCUGUUUGCUGUGACAGUGCUUGUCUACGUACAAGAUAAUGUGGGAAGAGGGUGGGGUUAUGGAAUUUCAGCAGCUGCAAUGAUCAUAGCUGUUGCUAUAUUACUCUGUGGAACACCAUUGUACCGAUACAGGAAGCCUCAGGGGAGCCCUUUGACUGUAAUAUGGAGGGUGAUACUUUUGGCAUGGAAGAAGAGAGGUCAUCCUCAUCCUUCUCACCCCAGCCUUUUGAAUGAGUACCAAGCUGCCAAGGUUCAACACACUGAGAAGUUCAAAUGCCUUGACAAGGCUGCAAUCCUAGAUGAAUAUGCUGCUGCCAUUGAAGACAAAAGUAACCCCUGGAUAGUUUCAACUGUGACAGAAGUUGAAGAGGUGAAAAUGGUACUAAAACUCAUCCCCAUCUGGUCCACAUGUAUCCUCUUCUGGACAGUCUACUCUCAAAUGACUACCUUUACCAUAGAGCAAGCCACCUUCAUGAACCGAAAAAUUGGCUCCUUUGUUAUUCCUUCGGGUUCUUUCUCUGCUUUUCUCAUCAUCACCAUUCUCUUGUUUACUUCUUUGAAUGAGAAACUCUUUGUCCCUCUUGCUCGAAAACUUACCCACAAAUUACAAGGAUUCACAAGCCUACAGAGGGUUGGAGUUGGGCUCAUUUUCUCGAUGUCAGCUAUGGUGGCUGCAGCAAUUAUUGAGAAACACAGGAGGGCAACUGCAGUUCAACAAGGCAGCAAAAUAAGUGCUUUCUGGCUGGUCCCCCAGUUCUUCCUAGUGGGUGCUGGAGAAGCUUUUGUCUAUGUUGGACAACUUGAAUUUUUCAUUAGAGAGGCACCAGAGAGGAUGAAAUCCAUGAGUACAGGGCUUUUUCUAAGCACCAUCUCGAUGGGAUUCUUUGUUAGCAGUUUGUUGGUUUCUAUUGUGGAUAAAGUGAGUAGGAAGAGAUGGCUCAGGAGCAAUUUGAAUACGGGAAAGUUAGACCACUUCUACUGGCUGCUUGCAGCCCUCGCACUACUGAAUUUCCUAGUUUUUGUUGCCUUUGCAAUGAGACACCAGUACAAAGUUCCACAGUAUAUUUGCAAUGGAGAAAAGGAGCUUAAGACUGUUAAUGAUGUUACAGUUGAGAAAAUGGAAGAAAAGACGAUUAACCAGGCAAUGGAGGGACCUUAGUUUCUGUGCUCUCAAGGGACUAUGUGAAAAAAGAAAUAUUCAUGUUUCAUGCUCAUGGAUCAUCAGAUGGCAAUCAGUCAUUUUUGCCCUUGUUACAUAUUUUGUAAUUUGUGAAAAAAGGCCACAUUCGUGACCACAGUUAUCAUGCUUUACCCAAGUUUUCAUUCA